UAGAAAAAUAAAAUAACUAUCUGAAACUUAAAAGACCAAAAUUUCAACUAUGCAUUGGUUAAAUAAGAGAUUUAGACCGACUUCGAAUUUGAAUUCGAAUUCCCUCCAAAAUAACAAUCAAUUUCAGCAGCAGCAACCAAGGCUUACUGGAGAUGAAGAGUACUCUGUUAUGGUUGCGACUCUGAAAAAUGUCAUCAAUGGUAAUAUUCCAAUGCAAAACAAUCAAGGAUUCAAUUUCUUUUCGCCUCAUCAAUAUUCUACUGCCACCACUACAACCACCACCACCACCACCACGACUGUUACUUCUUCAUCUUCGCCUUCUACUAGUAUGUCCACGAGUUUCGAACAAGUAUUGGGUGUCCCUGCAGAACAAGAACCUUGUCAAUUUUGCAGAAUUCAAGGUUGUUUAGGCUGCGACAUUUUUGGUACCACAUUUUCUACUUCUUCUUCUUCUGCGCCUGCUGCUGUGGCUGCUCCUAUUGCUGAUAAUAAGAAGAAGAGUAGUACUACUACAGUCGCGAUCGCAAAGAAAAAGAAGAAGAAUUACAGAGGAGUGAGACAGAGGCCAUGGGGGAAAUGGGCAGCAGAAAUUCGUGAUCCUCGAAAAGCUGCACGUGUUUGGCUGGGAACUUUCACUACGGCAGAAGAAGCAGCUAGAGCUUAUGACAAAGCCGCCAUUGAAUUCAGGGGUCCACGAGCUAAAUUGAAUUUUUCGUUUGCGGAUUAUACUGUUGACACUCAAGAACAACAGAGCACUUUAUCUUCUUCACCACAACAAUUACCAGAAGAGCCUCAGCAAUCGCAGACAGCGAAUAAUAAUUCGGAUUUUGGAAAUGAAAUUUGGGAUCAGUUGAUGGGUGACAAUGAAAUUCAAGAUUGGUUGACCAUGAUGAAUUUCAAUGGCGACUCUUCUGAUUCUGGCGGGAAUGUUCACAGCUUUUAAGCUUCCCGUUACUAAAAAAAGACGAGUCCAACAAUAUUAAAAGAAAUUAAGCUUCAGUUACUCGAAUUGAAAACAAAUUAAAUAAAUAAAUAAGAAGUUAGUAUAUUAAGGUGCUUUGCCCUGUUGUAAUUUUUAAAAAUCAAAUCUGGGCUCUAUAGUACCUAGAAAAAAAAUAUUAGUUGCAAGUCUAUUCAUUUUCGGGUUGUGCAGUAUGUUGUUCGACAAAAAUCAUUAAAGUCGAAUGAAAUGUAAAAAACAUGAGGUAUUAAUGCGAGUAAUGUUUUGUUCUUGUAA